GGCCUCUCCCGCCGUCGCGGCCGCCUCCGCGAUUGCAAACCCGGAAGACGCGCUCCAGCAGCUGGGAGUGUGCGCCGGCUCGGCGCGGCCAUGCAGCCGCUAGAGGUAGGUCUGGUUCCCUCUCCGGCGAGGGAGCCGAGACUGACCCUCUGGCUGCGGAAAGGCAGUGGGAUCUUGGCGCACCUGGUGGCUUUGGGCUUCACCAUCUUUCUGACUGUGUUGUCCCGGCCAGGAACCAGUCUUUUCUCCUGGCACCCUGUAUUCAUGGCCUUGGCGUUCUGCCUCUGCAUGGCUGAGGCCAUCCUGCUCUUCUCGCCUGAACACUCCCUGUUCUUCUUCUGCUCCCGAAAGGCCCGGAUCCGACUCCACUGGGCAGGGCAGACCCUAGCCAUCCUCUGUGCGGCCCUGGGCCUGGGCUUCAUCAUCUUCAGCAGGACCCGCAGUGAGCUGCCCCACCUGGUGUCCUGGCACAGCUGGGUGGGGGCUCUGACACUGCUGGCCACUAGUGGUCAGGCACUCUGUGGGUUCUGCCUCCUCUGUCCUCGAGCAGCCAGGGUCUCAAGGGUGGCUCGCCUCAAGCUCUACCAUCUGACUUGUGGACUGGUGGUCUACCUGAUGGCUACAGUCACGGUGCUUCUGGGCAUGUACUCAGUGUGGUUCCAGGCCCAGAUCAAAGGCACAGCCUGGUACCUGUGCCUGGCACUGCCCCUCUAUCCGGCCCUGGCGAUCAUGCACCAGAUCUCCAGCUCCUACUUGCCGAAGAAGAAAAUGGAAAUGUGAGUUCCUCCGAACUCUGAACGUAGGUGGGACACUUGCUUCGGACUUUAACGUUCCCUUUGGUGACCUUCAAGGGAUCCAUUCAGAAGUGGUGGGGUUUUUGUACUUCCUAGCUGGGCCAGGGGCUGCAGAAACCCACACUGCUAUUUCUGACGACGACUCACUGGGCCGAAAUGGGGAAGUAUACUGGGUGCCAGUGGAAGGUGUUGCGGUGGGCGGGGGGGACUCAAUCCUGAAGCCUCCACUCUUGAUGGGAGAUGGAAGUGUUAGGUGGUGGGGGUGAUGGUGCCCGCAGUCAUUUCUUGCCUGUGUGCCCGAGGGAGAGCUGGGUUCCGGUGACUUAUGAAUGUGACCGCAGUGGUUUUUGGGGUCUUCGAGAAAGCAGUGUGGAGGGAGACCAUGGGUUAUGGUUCUUGUAGGAUCUGUUGGGCAACCUUAGACAAGUCACAUGUCUCGGGACCAGUUUCCGCAUCCGUAUCAUGGGUGAGUGUUUCUAAACAAUCUCCAGCAUUCAGUGUCUGUCAGGUUGUUGCCACAGAACACAUUCCCCACUCUGGACUGUGGGCUGGACCACUAAGCAGACUCAGGACGUCAUUCUUACAUUCAUUAUCCCCUUAUCCCUCUGGAGGGACAGGGCUGCCCUCGUGGCCUUCCAGGAAUCUGCCGAUUGGGCUCCUGGACUAGGGCACAGGGGGUCAGGCGCUGUGGAGAGAAGAGUCCCAAAGGACGCUCUCUUGAACUCCAAGACAGUGAAAGCACUAAAGUCACUUUAAAGCUUUUAUAGGAGCAGAAGGGCAUUGGCUUAAGCAAGCCUAUGGCUCCUGGCUGGGCCUCUCAGCUCAGUUAAGAACGUCCUUCUGCCCACCUCAGAAUCUGGCCUUGAGGGCUGCAGGACGUGGGCGAGCGCCUUUCCCUGCCAUGCGUUCUGGGUGGCACAGUAGUCCUGAGUAUCUCGUAGUCCUUCCUGGGGCUCAGGUUCUUGCCUCAGCACAUAGCUUUGUGGAGAUAUUCCAAAGCUUUUAGAACAAAAUAAGAGCUAAGGAAAGUGGGGUAGGGCUUUUCUGAUCUAGGAAAAACAAAGUCUCCCUGGUUCCCUUCUCAGCGAAGCUCUUCUCAGUUGCUGUCUCUUGCCAGCUCUCUGGCCCAGGAGGGGGCUGAGUGUGGUGCUGGCUGGCAAAAAAGGGCUGGGCCCUCUUCCCUGCAGAAAGCCCCUUCUUGUUCCCAAGGGAAGGUAGUUCCCUAGACUGCCCUCAGUGGUGAGCUGGGUGCCAGACUGGCUAACUGUGGGCUGCCUCGGUCGGGGGGAUGGGACCUCCGUAGAUCAUGGCAGGACUGAAGACAGCCGCGCCAGGAAAGCUGGUGUUGAGGCAGGUAGACAGCUCAGUGGGAGCUCUGGGAGGCCUGGGUGUAGGGGUCGGAACUCCAGGUCCCAGGGGCAGGGCAGGUGUUCCUGGAUGGCAGUAAUUUCAAUGCCCCAGGUCUUUCUAAGAUUGAAGACCCCCCCCCCGCUCUGAGUGGUUCAGAAGCAAGGAGGUUGGUAUGGUUUAACAGUCCAGGAAUAGGGACUACAAGGGGCAGAAGUGGCCUCUCAAUGGAUCUCACUGGGUCAGAUGGCGUCUCCUGGAAGCUCUCCAGACCCGGAGCAUCUAAAGGGGGUCUCUGCUCUUCAGAGGGUGAUUAUGCCUGUCUCCUUGCCUUGUCUACCCUCUCAGACUCCCCAGUGUGGUCUGAACUUGGGGGAGAUGGUUCCCAGGGCUUCAUGGAGGACAUUUCUUAUCUGGGGUCCCUUCGCUCAGGGACUCCUGCUCUCCCCGCAUCACAGCCAGUGCUGGGAGUCUCACUGUGUCUACGGCAGGGUGACAGGGCUGGGUGAGGUUCACCAGCUUCCGCAAACCAGGCAGCCAGCGCCACAAAGCCUGAGCCUGCCUGAGGUGUUGCCUGCUCCCAGGUGGUGCGGGGGCUGCCGGGCAGGCGGGCGGGCUGACAGCCGGCAGUUUGCGUGGGCUCUGCCAGCUGAUGUCUAUUCCCAGCCCUCGGAGGAAGGGGGAAGUCAUUUAUAUUCUGCAGGAGGAAGGGGCCCCAGCUGUCACCUCUCUGACCAGAAGGCCUGGAGGGCAGGGGCAGAGGGCCGAGAGGAGGGCACAGGUGGUCUUCUGCCUAGCCUGUCUGACUGCAGUGUGGGGAGUAGGUCACCAGGAGGAGCCCUUCUUCCCGGUCGGCCAGAUUGUGUGUGGGGGGGGCACUUUCCGCCCCCGCUCUCCUGCAGCUCUCCCUCCAUCGCCACCUGCCCUCGCAUCCUGGGGCAGCAGCUGGACAACCAUUAGACCUCAGUGCCAGGACACUCUUCCUCCAGCUGGGAGCUGGGUGGCUGCCUGCUGCACACGCCUCCUGCUUGUAUGCGUUUCCUCCUCCCUAGGCCCUCUGUUCCCCCCACCUCUCUAUCUCCCCAUCUGGGAUGUUAGCUGGGCACCUCGGCGAUGAGGCAGAGGCCUUGGGGGGAGGAAGCAAAUGGCUGCCCUUUUGCCCUUGUUCCCUGGCUAGGGAAAGCUGCUAGUAGUCAGCUUGUUUUGCCUUUAAAAAAAAAAAAAAGCCAGGGGGCUCAAAUUAAAAAAAAAAAAAAUUGCAUGUCAUUUGCACAAAUUUGCAUAUCAGGCUCACUAAGACUUGAUUCCAAAUAUGAUUAUAUUUCAGACUCAACCUUGAGAACAUUAGAAAUGUAGAUUUUUUUUGUAACCAAAUCCAAAUGGUAACAGGAUUACUGUUCUGGGUUCAACAUCCCCCCCCUCGCCCCCCGACAACCACUCCUUCCCUGGAGCCCCACCUGGGCUGGGGGUGGUGUUGAAUGGCAGAAGCUCUGUGUCUGGGGAGGUCUCCCAGCCUCACCUUGGCUGUUGAGCUGCAUCAACCGUAGGCUGCUGUCCCUGGCCGGCCUGUUCCUCCUCUCCCCACCACCUCCCAGGGCAGGCGGCCCUCCCAGUCCCUGACACCGGCCUGUCCCUCCUUUUUGUCCCCACCCUUCCACCCCCGUGCAUGGCUGCUCUGGGUCUUGUUUUUCAGACCUCACUGUGGGAGAUCUAGGCAUCCUCCCGGAGCCAGCUGGCUGCUGUGCCAAGGCCUGUUCAGAGUUAAUAAUAAUCAUUAGCUGCACAGUGCUGGGGCCUUUCAGCUCCAGAGCUCCAGGCACUUGCAGGCUGAGUCAGCCAGCCCUCACCUUCCCCCUCCUCCUGGGCUGCUGGAGUGUAGUGGAAUGGGGAGAGGAGGGGGGUCAGAGGCUCAUUUCCUAGCUGGGGCUUGAGGCUUCUUUCUUCUGGGAGUGGGCCUGAGCACCCUCUGAAUACAUUACUAAGGCCUUUUUGCCUGACAAAGAUCAGGAUGUGGGGAUCACAGUGUAGGCUCCGCUGAGAAUGGCAGUGGUGGCUGUUGACCCCGAACCUCUGUUACCUGUCUUGACUUCCAGAGGACACCCCUGGUCCUGAUGCCCCAAUCUUUUGGGGCCAUUUCUGUGGCCCUCUGCAGGCUUAGGGAGCAGGGAGGCUUCCAGGUAAGCCCCCGUAGCUGGUUGACGUAAGAGCCUGUGUAUCAGGCAGUGAAAAGCACAUUGGCCCAGGAGCCAGGAAAGCUGCAGUCUGGGUUUGCUCGGCUCCUAACAACGGUGUGGCCACAGGCGGACCGCUCACUGCUCCACCUACCUCACAGGGAUGCCGUGAGGGUCAGAGCAGAGAAUGCAUGUUAACAGGCAUUGGAAAGUCCAAAGGAUUAAAUAAAUGGAAACAGGUGUGUUUACAAGUA